UAUCAUCAUCGUCGUCGUCGUCAUCAUCAGAAUCCGCAAUCAAGUCAUGCAUCACAGUCACAACAGAAUCACUAUCGUCGUCGUCGUCAUCAUCAGAAUCCUCCAUCAAGUCAUGCACCUCAUUAUCAACAGUAUCAUCAUCGACGUCGUCGUAGUCAUCAUCAGAAUCCGCAGACAAAUCAUGUUACUAAUUCACAACAGUAUCAUCAUCGUCGUCGUCGUCGCCAUCAGCAGAAUCCGCCAUCAAGUCAUGUAACUCAUUCACAACAGUGUCAUCAUCUAUCAUUAUAG